UUAAGAUAAAUGUCUAUCACUUUAUUAUUGGAGAAGUUUAGCUUAUCCUAUCUAUAACUGAUAUGGAUCAGCACAAAGAAGAAAAUACUCUCUCAAUUGAUAAUUCAAUUAAGAAGGGAUCUUAUAUUGAAGCAAGGGAUGGCGAUCAUUGGUAUAUUGCCAAAGUUAUUGAUUACAAAAAGGAGGCCAGAAAAAUUCUUAUUCAUUUCAAAGGGUGGAAUAAUAAAUAUGAUGAAUGGUUAUCAUUAGAUAAUGAAAGAAUCAGACCAAUAUCUAACAAAAUAAAAAAUGGGUUUUUUCAGAUUACAAAAGAAUUAGAAUUGGGAGAUAGAGUUUUAGCAAGAUGGUCUGUAAAGUUUCAAUAUACUCCUGGAAAAAUAACAAGCAUAAAUCCAGAUGGGAAAAUAGGUUAUUGUGAAGUUAGCUUUGUGGAUAAAACCAAAAAAAUUUUGCGCUCCAACUCUGUGAAACCCUUAGAUUCCAGAUUUGAUUUAAAAGGUUAUUUGGAAUCCUUAAAUUUCUCACUACCCACUGAACCCACGAUCGAAGAGAGUAUCCAAAAAUCUGCCGAUAAUGAUUUGCUUAACAAAGAACAGGUCAAAGAAAAUAAUGAAAACAAAACGAAAGAGGAUAGCGAAAUCAACAUGAAAGAAGAGAGUGGCAAUGCUAAAGAAGAUAGGAUAAGGUUUGGAACAGUUUACCUACCUUUCACUGACAUUGAAAUGAUCACGGAAUUCAAGGAGCUCUGCCAAAAAUGGGAAGAUAGAAAUAUCGUCAUCACUAAUAUAUCAUUCGAAGAUCACGACAAUGAUCUCACCCCUACAACACUUGAAAUAGAUCACGCUGAUAAGUCGGCACCAACAACUUCUGAUGUUAAACAUAGGGUUAAACGAAAAUAUAGAAAGAAAAUUUUACCGAAUAAAGCGAAAAUGUCGUCAUUUCCUAUCAAUCUUCCAGACUCCCAUAAUUUAAAUCUUCCAAUGGAACGUAAUUCGGUUAUUCAAGAUAUAAUCAAAGAUCUAUCCAUUUAUGAUACCAAUAAUGGGAACGAUAAUAUUAUGAACUUGGAAGGAAUAUAUUCGGUCAGAGCCUAUGAUUCAGACAUUGAUGUGGCUGUACCAGGAUUACAUUUCUAUGAUCAUAAUUAUUUAAUAGGAAAGGCCGCUCAAUCCGAAUAUUUACCUGCAAGCAGUUCAUCAUGCUUUAGAAUAAAACCUUCAACUGCUGCCAUGCAAUCACAACAGAUUCCACAACAAUCACUUAAAAACACAGGCAACACAUCAAUGCCCAAAAAAUAUAACAAGCAAAAUAGAUGCUAUAGAAAGAGGUACUCGACACAUAUGGCAGAUUAUUUUGACACUUCGAAAGCGACAAUCAAAUAUUCCUGUGAUCAGAAAGGGUGUACUAAGGAAUUUCGGAAUUCGUAUUUGUUAGAAUCUCAUCUGCUACACUUUCAUGGAAUCAAAACAACAAAAUCAGACGCGACACUGCUAGACAGACUCGAUCAUAUCAACUAUAAAACCGGAAACAGGGUCGAUAAUUUAAAAAUGGAGACAGACGAUGAUAGAAUAUCUUAUCUCUCCUCUAGCGCAUCUUCAUAUGAAGGUGAGCAAGAGCUAGACCCCGAAAUUAAACUUUUGAGGCGAAUGAGGGAACGCAGAAAGCACAAAUUUUCUAGACUUUUAUCAGUUAAUUCUACUGUAGCAAGUUAUAGUGCCCAUGGUAUUACAAAUACUGUCAGUUACGAUAAGCAAUGCAUGUCGCCAAGGCAAAGUAUUCCUAAGGAUACCGAAAGUUCUAACAUGGAAAUUAUUAAAGAUAAAAAAGAGGACACAAUAUUUAAACAAUCUACCAAUAAUGACCCUGAUUUUGCUAAACCCAAAAAACGAAUUGCUGCAAAUAGAAUCAAAAAGGCCAAACUCACUUUUAAUACUAGCGCAUUUUUUAUGCCUAAAAAGAAAGAUUCUUCGAAUUCACAAAAAAUCAUUCAUGAAACCUCUAUCGAUCUGGAUGAUCAAGAGAAAGGAACCGAUACUAUCAUAGAACCAGAAGCUGGGAUCCAAUCCAGCCCCAUACUCUCACCAGCUUUUCAAAUGCAAGAAAUUCAUGAAGAAAAUGAUCCAAAAACAAUAGGCUCUCCCAUUGCCUUGCCUAGAAUAAUUGACGAAGAAUUCGAGUCCAUCUUUAACGUUAGCCAAGGCAAAGAAAGCAUCAAAAUGAUGCCAGAAAAAAUUGUUACGAAUGACAUUGUAGAAAAGAAGGUGACGAAAUUGAGAGGGAAAAAGAAUUAUAGAGAUAAAGGUAUUGAAUUUUCUCCUAAAAAAAAGACCAUACAACUUGAAACUGCUGAACCUUCUAUAAGUAUUAAUGUAGAAGAUAUGGAAAUCAUACAUUGCACUUGUGGGUCCGUUCAGGAGAAUGGCCUCAUGCUACAAUGCGAUAUCUGCUAUUGCUGGCAACAUUUCGUUUGCUUGGGGCUUGAAACAGAAGAUAAAAUUCCCGAAAAAUACAUUUGCUUCUACUGCCUAAAUCCACCAAAUUGCAAUGAAUCCCGUCUUCGUGAUUACUUGCACUCCCAAUGGACUUGCGAUGAAGGCCAUUUGGCUAGACUUUUACCAGGAACCGGUUCUUCUGAUGAUGUCAUCGAUGCUGCUUUAAAUUAUGAGGCGAUAUACUCGCGUUGCGUCAGUCUGGAAAGGCGGACACUACAAAUGGAAUGCGCUAUUCGAGGCUCCCGGAUUCGAUUGAUAGCAAGCGAUAAAUAUCAGAAUAAUGAUGAUAACAAAUGUAACCCCAUUUUAUCUCCUUUCACAAUGCCUGCUUCAAGCGACAAAACCUUAUCUUUUAUUGAUUACGAAGCCCAGCAAUCUAUUUUACCAAAAGAUGGUGUUAAUAAAAUUGAGAAAUCUGAUAAAUUUAUUAAAAAUCUUGAAAAUACCCCCGAAAUAAUUCCUUAUAACAUUGAUAAAUCAAAUACUGACAACUAUGAUUUCAAAUGUGAUAAUAAUUUGCCUGUUAAUGAUAAAACCCUAAACGGUGUCUAUAGUGAUUUGACAAGUACCGAAUCUUUAGUCAUCAACACCGAAACGAAUAUCGAAAUGAUUGAAAAUAACGACGAAAAUACUAACCAAGUUGAAAAGACACCAUUUAGAAUGGAUGUCUCAAAGAAUAGCGUUCACGAUACAGUCGAAGAUAUGUUCUCAAAUGAAAAAAUAGCAAACGAAAAAUUUCCUGAUACAAUAACUUUGAAACCUGAAUAUGAUGAACAAAAUCUGUCCGCAAAUAUUUUAUUUCCCGAUGCCAUUAAAAAUGAAUUAGCUAUACCUCGUGAACCAAUCAUACUCAACACAGAUCUGACCGGCAUCAACCAUUUAAGCAAUCCCUUGAAUCAAAUAGCUUGUGAACAAUGUUUAUUCGAAUCAAAUCUUGAUCAAAUCGAAGAACAAUUGGCCGAACUAGAAAAUAAUCCGUACUUCAUGUUCGAUAAUCCCAACGACAAUGCUUCUUUAGUAAACAACGCUAAUCAGCAUUCGAACACGUAUUCAUUUCCUCACCUCGAACAUUACUCCAAUCCUUACAUUUUAAAUACUUAUAACCCUAUCAUGGGAGUCAAUACCAAACCCAUACAUUUCCGAGACUUAUAUAGCACAAGAUUAAAUCUUCGGACUAUCUUAAAACAAUUGCAGACUAUACAAGAUGGAGUGGGAAAAUGAUAUUUUUUAAAGUUGAUAAAAAUAAACAAAACUU